AUGGCCGACCAUAUCAACCCCUCUGCCAACCAGGCGCAGUCUGACACCAAGCAUGAGCCUGUCCCGGACAUGUUUGACAACACCGCCAUUGGCGAGAUGACCGAGUUUGAGGAGAGACGUGACAUGGAGAAGCAAAAGGCCGCCGAGGGUAACGCUCACUUCCACCGUCUUGGAUGGAAGCGUUUGACCGUUGUCCUCAUCGUCGAGGCCAUUGCUCUCGGAUGUCUCAGUCUUCCCUCUGCCUUUGCCACCCUGGGUAUGGUUGCUGGAACCAUCCUCACUGUCGGUAUUGGUCUGGUUGCCAUCUACACCUCCUACAUCGUCGGUCAGGUCAAACUGGCCUUCCCUGAAGUCUCUCACUAUGCCGAUGCUGGCAGAUUGAUGAUGGGCAGGUUUGGCUAUGAGCUCGUCGGUGUCAUGUUCUCCCUUCAGCUUAUCUUCCUCGUUGGCUCUCACUGUCUCACCGGAACCAUUGCCUUUCUCAACCUUUCCGACAAUGGCGCCUGCUCUUUGGUGUUUGGUGUUGUGUCUGCCAUUAUCCUCCUCAUCGUCGCUGUCCCUCCUUCCUUUGCAGAGGUUGCCAUCCUUGGUUACAUCGACUUUGUGUCUAUCGCCCUCGCUGUCGGCAUCACCAUUAUCGCUACUGGCAUCAAGGCUAGUGACUCUGACGGCGGUCUCUCUUCCGUCGCCUGGUCUGCCUGGCCCAAGGAUGACCUGAGCUUCACUGAUGCCUUCAUUGCCAUCACCAACAUUGUCUUUGCCUACUCCUUUGCUGUCUGCCAGUUCAGCUUUAUGGAUGAGAUGCAUACUCCCCGCGACUUUGUCAAGUCUAUCUGGGCUCUCGGUCUCAUUGAGAUUGCCAUUUAUACUCUUACUGGUGCUCUCGUGUAUGCCUUUGUCGGCCCCGAGGUCAAGUCGCCUGCCCUUCUGUCUGCUGGUAACCUCAUCUCCAAGGUUGCUUUUGGUAUCGCCCUCCCAGUCAUCUUCAUCUCUGGUUCCAUCAACACCACGGUCGUCGCCCGUUAUAUCCACGGCCGUGUGUACAAGGACUCUGUCAUCCGCUUCAUCAACACCAAGAUGGGUUGGAUCACUUGGUUGGUUCUCAUCACCAUCAUCACGAUCGUUGCUUGGGUCAUUGCCGAGGCUAUCCCCUUCUUCAACGAUCUUCUGUCCAUCUCCUCGUCGCUCUUCAUCUCGGGCUUCACCUUUUACUUCCCUGCCAUCAUGUGGUUCAUGCUCAUCCGCAAGGGACCUUGGUACUCCAAGGCCAACCUUCCUCUGAGCAUUGCCAAUGGAAUCAUUUUCAUCAUUGGCAUGAUUGUUCUUGUCGGCGGCACCUAUGCCAGCAUUGACGACAUUAUCAUCAAGUUCCGUAACGGCGAUGUCCGUGGAGCUUUUACAUGUGCUCCUCUUGCUUAA